GGUAGUGGGAAGCGGGGAGCACGGCGGCGUCCGGGACGCACCGGCCGGGGCUCCGGUGCUCGGGAGCAGCGGCAGUGGCCCCGGAGGAUGGCCUCCUGUCCGUGCCUUUGAAGUUUUGCGCAAGGACGACUGCUGUGGGGACACAUGGCUACGGCUAGCAAGGGCAGCAAGGUGAAGGGGGGGGGCGUGCGCUUCGCCCCCAGCCAGCUCGCUGAGGGGGCCCACGGCCACGUGCACUUCGAUGAGAAGCUCCACGACUCCGCGGUGAUGGUGACGCAGGAGAAGGACGGCAGCUUCCUCGUCAAGGUGGGAUUCCUGAAGAUCCUCCACAAGUAUGAGAUCACGUUCCUCCUGCCCCUGGUGCAGAGGCUGGGGAAGGAUGUCUGUGCUGUUCCCCUCCCCAAUAUCAACCUCCGAGUCAUCAGCAUCACCUCCCUGCCAGAAGGCUACAGUGUGAAGUGCGAGUACACGGCGCACAAGGAGGGGGUCCUGAAGGAAGAGAUGGUCCUGGCCAGCGAGGCCGGCGAAGGCGCCUGCAUCAAGGUGGUGGUCCAAGCCCGUGUCAUGGACCGGCACCACGGCACACCGAUGCUCCUGGAUGGGGUGCGCUGCAUCGGCGCAGAGCUGGAGUACGACUCGGAGCAGAGUGACUGGCAUGGCUUCGAC